CCCCACUGUCACUUGCUCAUCUUGUCAACCAUUGAACACCCCCCUGACUAUGACCCUUUGUUUAUAUCAUCAUAAUCUCAAUUUUUAAUAAUUUUUUUUCUUUCUGCUGAUUGCUAAGUAUCAGCACUGAGUAAAUAAGUAUCAUCUUUUACAUUAACCAAAUUCAAUUGAAAUGUCUGGUCCAAGAUAUAUUAAAUCAAGGAAUCCCUUUGAUGAUGAUUUCGAGGAUGAUAUAGAUGAUGAAAGCUUUUUAAAAAAUUCUAGAAGACCACCCCCAAGUUCUCAUGGUCAUAAUAGUAGUUUUGAUGCUCAGAUUCAAACUUUCCAAGAGCGCAAAAAACAAAUAGAAGAAAAUACCAUUCGUAGUAGCGAGCAAAGUUUGAGUAUUUUAAGAGAUUCGGAACAGAUCGGAAUAGCUACUGCAGAAGAAUUGAUGAGACAAAGGGAGAAACUUGAAAAAACUGAUAAGCAAUUGGAUGAUAUUAACAAUACCCUGAGAUUUUCACAGAAACACAUUAAUGGCAUUAAAUCGGUUUUUAGCAGCUUGAAAAAUUAUGUGGCUGGGAAAAACGAUAAGAGUCCCACAACAUCUAGUUCUACACCUAGUACAGUAAGGGAAUCUACAUCAAAUGCAAAUCUGCAAGAGAAACUCCAAACCUACGACCGUUAUGAUGAACAUCCAACAACAAGAUUAAGAGGAAACGACUAUAAUUUGCCCACUUCUACAGGUUCUGGCAGUAGAGAUUUUAGUGCAAAAUUAGAUGCAAAUUUACAAGAAAUGUGCAACAAUAUUUCAAGAUUGAAAGGCCUAGCAGGUGAAUUGGGUCAAGAAAUUGAUACUCAAAAUGAUCUGAUUGAUAAUAUUACUUAUAAAACUGAACAAGCUGAUAUGACUAUACAUAAGCAAAAUAAAGAUAUGAUGAAACUUAUGAAGAAAUAAAAAUAAAUGUAGCUGGAGUUUCACCAAGUACCUAAUAAACUUUAUUGGAACUGGCAAACAAAAACUUUGUCACCGAGUUGCUUUAUUUGAAAAAUAAUAAAAUCUAUUUUUGGUGCAAGCACAAACUGGUUAUUGUAAUUUUAAUUGGUCUAAAACUGGUCAACAAAUUUUUGUAGAAACAGAUAAUUUUAUAAUAGGCCUGUUUCUGCAGAAAUCACAAACCAGUCAGAGUGAAUUUCAUUGAUUGAAACUAGUUUUCUGACUGUUUUCAACCAAUAAAAUUUGCUCUGACUAGUUUGUGAUUUCUGCAGAAGCAGACCCGAUAUAUAUAUACAAAGUAUAAUUUAUUUUUUAGAUAGGUUUUCAUUUAAAUAAUUUGUAGUUAGUAGAAGAAUGUUACUUAUAGAAAAAUACAGAACAUGAACUUAACAAGAAUUUCACAUAAUUGUUUAACACAAUUUGCUUGGCAGUUUCCCUUAUCUUUUUAUGAAUAGCAGCUAUGGUUUUAUAGCAAUGUGAAGAUGGAACUUGAACAAUAAAGCAACCAAAAACAACAUUUAUACACUAAACUAGUAUUGUCUAAUGUAAAAUUUGGCUUCUUGUAAUGGGUAGGCUAUUAAAUUAGGAAAACAUAAUUGAAUAUUUUUUAUUAAGGCUAUUAAAAUUUGUUAAUUUAUCUAUAUUUUGUUACAUACAUAUAUAUUUUGUUCAUUUUACUUAGUAUUAGUUUAUUUUUUUGUAUUUAUUAUAAACAUAAAUGCAUAUGUCUUGGAA